CCACUAAUAAGAGAAUAUUCUAAGAGCUCCAGCUCCAAGCACAGCAGGAGUAGGUACCGUAGCUGCGUAUGUUGCUGCAGGUCAGGUCUCAUUCAGCCCCUCCAUUCUCUCGGUCCGCCCGCCAUUGACGCACUAGGCGGCGUGUGACCAUUUAAUAAAUGUUGAGUUUACUGCUCAAUUGGGCAUCUUCUCUCGAACUUAUCCAUUUCUUCAUAAUAAGUGCCUCUCCUCAUCCCCGAACUCUUGCUACUCAGUUUGCCUCGCUACUGAAAACCUCUCUCAGUUGGCGCCCCUCUAGACCCAAGACUGGGACCCUUGCCUGCAAACCAAAGAUCCCCGCUUCUAUUUCAACAGCUGAGCUCUUUGGCUCUCCAGAACAAAAACAGAACACAGAGAAACUGAGACCAUGUCUCUCAAGCCUGAUGACCGGUCCCGCAAGGAUCGUUCUCGAUCUCGCUCUCGUGACCGCCGUUCAAAGAGUGAUGUCGCACCUGAGCGCCCUUCCUACAACGAUAAUCGCGAACCAAGUUACAUCUAUCCAGAGGAUGAUCUCAAUGAUCGCUAUAGUCGCCCAGGCGCACCGCAAGCAAGCGGCGCUCUACCGUAUCCUGAAGAGGGAGGCAUCUAUCCUGUGAUUCCCGGAAACCCAUCUCAGUACAGCUACGACUCUCAGCCGCCCACUUAUCGAACUGCUUCUCCGCCAAGAGACUCGCCAUACCGUUCCUCGCACGACAGGGUCGACAGCAGCCUUCCAGGAGCCUUCCCAGAUGACCGCCGCCGCGAGAAAGAUAGGGACCCAUACAUUCAAAAUGCAGAGCCUCGUGCUAAAGAAGACGAAGACAAAUUUAGCUUCCUGCCACAGAAGUACAUGCGCAAGCUCACUGGAUCUUCAGGCAACGACAAGGAGAGGGACAAGGAUGACGAUGGCUUGGCCUACGGAAAGCCUCCCGUGCCUGUGCGACCUAAAGACUCUUCGGACUUGGCUUAUGGAAAGGCCACCGGAGCUCCGUCAACUGCUAGCCAGGUUAUGACUACAUAUAACCCUCCCCCAGGUUCUGAAGACCCGUACUAUGCGCAACAACCACCCUACGGAUAUUCUCAUCGAGAACCUGCAAGUCCGUCCCUUGGCCAGUAUGGUUCACGCAAGACAAGGGAAGAUGCACGAUACGACGACACCUACGGCUCGGGUGCCAACAUCAUGACCGCUGAGCCUCGAAGCCGCGACGAUGAGAAACACCGUGACCGACGCAGGGACAGGUCUUCCGGUCCCCGAGGUAGCUCAGACCGCUUGACUGUCGACUCAAGCAGUCGGAAGCGCGAGAAGUCACGCGACAGAUCACGAUCUCGCCGGAGAGAUAAGUCGCCUUCACGAGAUACUCUGGGAGUAGACAAACACCACAGGCAUAGAUCACGAUCAAGGGACGGUCACAGAUCGCGGUCUAGGGAUAAGCACCGUAGCCGAAAAGACAAGUCCCCUCAGCCCCCCAGUGAGAGAAUGUCAGGUCUCAGCAUCAACACUGGGCUGACUGUGGGAGGCUUGGCCGCCGGCGGACUGGCUGGUGCAUCUCUAGCCAAUGCGCCUCCGUCGCCCAUGCUCGAGUCAUACUAUGGUACUUAUCAGGACUGUUCGCCUAUGCCGUCUCCUCUACUGCUCGCCUCAAAGCACUCAAGUGAUGACAAUAAAGCUCUUGAGGCGCUCUCUCCAUUGGGUUCUGAUAAUGAGGGCGAUAGCAGACGCCGUAGCCGACGUGCCCGCUUCCAUGACUCCGAAGAUAUCACCACUCAACUUGCACAGGCCCUCAAGGGGAGCCGCCGUCCCGAUACCGAGCCACUCAUUGAAAUCCUACCAAGCUUGACGCAUGAUCAAGUGAUGAAGCUUCGUGCGGACUACAAGGCACUUGUCAAGACGGGUUCUGAGCGCAAAGGCGUGAACAUCGCCAAGCAUAUUCGUGCUCGUCUCAAAGAUGAAGAUCCGCUGUUGAUGAAGGCCUGCUACUCCGUUGCUCUCGGCAUGUGGGAGAGCGAGGCAUACUGGGCCAAUUUCUGGUACCAGGGCGACAAGACUCGCAGGGAGCUUCUCAUUGAGUCUCUUAUGGGACGCACCAACGGCGAAAUACGUUACAUCAAGGAUGCAUUCACGGAUAAGAAAUAUGACAACAGCCUCGUCAAGUGUAUGAAGGAAGAACUCAAGGAAGACAAGUUCAAGAAAGCUGUUCUCCUUGUUUUAGAAGAGCGACGCAUGGAGGAAUACGAUCAUUAUGGUCGACUUGUGCCAAUUGACUAUGCUCUUGUUGACCAGGACGUCGCUGACUUGCGUCGAUCCGUGAGGUCUGAAAAGGGUGGCGAGACGGCGAUGAUCAACAUCAUCAUACUUCGAAGCGACUCUCAUCUACGCGCCAUUCUGCAGGAAUAUGAGCGACAGCAUCGCUCCAACUUUGCUCGCGACGCUCUCAAGAAGAGCGGCAAUCUUGUGGGUGAACUCUUAGCCCACAUCCUCAAUGGUGUUAUCAAUCGUCCUGUUCGUGAUGCCCUCCUCAUCCAUCAUGCCACCUCAGCGUCUCGUAAAGAUGGCCUUCGCCGUGAGCUACUCAUCUCGCGUCUCGUUCGAUACCACUGGGAUCCACACCACAUGCGCGCUGUGAAGCAAGCCUUCCGGGAGCGCUACGGCAGGGGCAUGAGAGACGCCGUUCGCGAUGCGACGAGCGGUGAAUGGGGCGAGUUCUGUGGUGAAUUGUGCAUUGCACGUAUGCCUGACGACGUCAGAAAAUUUGACAAGGUCAGCUAUAGCGUGAGAUGAGCAGAUUAUGAUUUAUGAUUACAUGAAUAAUAUAAGGAAUUGGGUGUGGCAUGGAAGAGCUGCGUAUCUUUUGCAGCACUUGGAUCAUGGCGAUACGUUACUGGGUUUUCAUUCGGUUAUAGAAAUAGCACUCUAUAUGUACUUCAACCUCAACUCAUUUAUUCAACUUGAUGCUAACAUCAAAGUUUGUUC